CGCACAGCUAACCUCCUCGAAACUCGUGGUCAUUUGAAAUUAUCACAUUGAUAUUUGAUAACUAUGUUUUUCUGCAGUUAAUAAUUCUUAUUUUUCGACUUUAUCUUUGACAAUGAAGUUCUCAUACAAGUUUUCGAACUUGCUGGGCACAGUUUACCGAAAAGGAAACCUGUUAUUCACCAAUGAUGGCAAUUCUGUCAUCAGUCCUGUCGGGAAUCGGAUUUCCAUCUUCGAUCUCAAGAACAAUCGAACAUCAACUUUACCUGUCGAGAGCCGAUUUAAUUUCAUCCUCUUGGAUCUCUCACCUUCAGGUGCCAUCCUUGCAGCCGUCAAUGAAGAAGGAGAACUGCAUCUGGUUAGUAUGAUGAGUCUCACUGUAGUCCAUCGCCACAGAUUCAAAGGAACUGUUACUUGUUUGAAAUUCAGUCCUGAUGGAAAGUAUCUAGCAGCUUCAAAAGAAAAUAAUUUGUUCCUAUUUCAAGUCCCUGGCCAAUUUGAUGGUCAGUUUAAUCAAUUCAUCAUGAAACGAGUGUUCCAUGCUUCAUUAGACGACACAACAGGCAUUGCUUGGAGCGAUGAUUCAAGUGUAAUAGCAGUUGCUUCAAAAGAUGGCAGCACAAAAAUUUUUGGAGCUGAACGGUGGGCGAACUUUCACAUCUAUUCUCUUGGUGGCCACUCGGAAGAAAUCAUGGCUGUUUUUUUCGAAACUAAAUCACUGGAUGUUGUAUCUCUGAGCAAAAAUGGGCGAUUGGUUCUGUGGGACUGUAACAUUGACCCUUCAGACCUUGUGCCAUUCGAUCCUGAGGCUCCUAGGAAGAAAGCGAAAAAACGUGACACACAUAUUCUGGAAGAAGAUGAUAUUGAUUUGUCUAAAGGGGAGGAACGUGAGAAGGCCUUACAGGAAGAAGCAGACAUCAAGGAGCUUCCUUCAUCAGAAGCUCAAGAAUUCACCAAGCUGCAGUAUUCACAAAAAGUACGCCACUAUCUGAAGGACAACUUUAAAGAAAUGGACACAAAAAAUGUAUCUCUCACCUGUGCUGACUACCAUAAAGGAACACAUAUCCUUGUCACAGGCUUUUCCAACGGCUCAUUUUUCAUCCAUGAGCUACCUGACGUAAAUCUUAUUCACUCUCUCAGCAUUUCAGAAAACUCAAUUUCAUCGUUGGCGUUAAAUAAAACGGGAGAUUGGCUGGCAAUAGGAUGCUCCCUUCGAGGUCAACUCGUAGUGUGGGAGUGGCAGAGUGAGUCGUACAUCAUGAAGCAGCAGGGGCACGAGAAUGCUAUGUCUACUCUUGCCUACUCCCAUGACGGAGCCAUGAUUGUAACUGGUGGUGAAGAUGGGAAGGUGAAAUUGUGGAAUACACAGAGUGGCUUCUGUUUUGUCACGUUUACGGAACAUGAGUCUUGCGUUUCUGCAGUCACCUUCAGCAACAACAGGAAAUUUGUUGUCACCGCGUCACUCGAUGGAACUGUCCGAGCAUUUGAUUUAGCCAGGUAUCGUAACUUCAGAACCUUCACAUCUCCGCGACCAGUUCAAUUUUCUUGUUUGGCUCUUGACUCAACUUCAGAAUUAGUCGCCGCUGGAGGCCAAGACUUCUUUGAAAUUUACCUGUGGUCCAUAAAAAUUGGCCGCUUGCUUGAGGUCUUAAGUGGGCAUGAAGGACCUGUCUCAAGUCUUAUGUUUAGUCCAGUCAUGUCAAGUUCAGCGCUGGCUUCAACCAGUUGGGACAAGUCAUUAAAACUUUGGAAUGCUGUGGAAACCGGGACAGAUCACGAGACAGUCAAGCUUCUCGCAGAUGGCUUGUAUGUUGUGUAUAAACCAAAUGGUAAGGAAGUUGCCGUUGCGACCUUGGAUGGGAAUAUAACAUUCUUUGACUCCGAGCAUGGAAACCAACUUGGAUGCAUUGAAGGGCGCAAUGACCUGGGCAGUGGCCGUCUUGAGACUGAUCGUAUCACGGCCAAGAAAACAUUACAAGCCAAAGCAUUCUCUACUCUGUGCUAUUCACCGGAUGGAGAAUUCAUUAUAGCAGCUGGACAAUCCAAAUUUAUUUGCAUCUAUAAUGUUGAUGAGGCCAUUCUCAUAAAGAAAUUUGAGGUGACGCAGAAUCGAUCCUUAGAUGGUGUGGAUGAUUUCAUAAAUCGGCGGAAACUCACUGAGUUUGGGAACGUUGCAUUAGUGGAAGAACGUGACCCCAGUGAAGGAGGGAAUGUCAUGCUAAAACUGCCAGGUGUGAAGAAAGGUGACAUGGCAUCCAGGUCAACAAAACCAGAGAUCAGAGUUUUUGAUGUUCAGUUUUCUCCAACAGGUCAGUCAUGGGCAGCAACAACAACAGAAGGACUCUUAAUUUAUUCUUUAAGAUCUGAUUACCUCUUUGAUCCAUUUGAGCUGGAAAUGGGAAUAACACCAGCCGCAGUGAAGGAAACGCUAGGGAAGCAUGAUCACGCUAAAGCUCUAAUGAUGUCCAUUCGAUUGAACGAACCAGUCAUUGUGAGGGAAGUUGUAGAGAAAGUUCCUGUGUCUGAAAUUGAACUGACAGUAGCUGCUCUCCCAGAAGCCUAUGCAGAAAAAGUGACUUGCUACGUCGCAUCAUUCAUUGAAGCAUCCCGGCACAUCGAGUUCUAUCUUCUAUGGGUUCAGCAUCUUGUAACGAAGUUCAAAAACAUAUCUCAAACAACACUCGUUCUACUGCAGAAGAACAUCUCCAAGAAGUUUCAAGAGCUUUCAAAAAUUUGCGAAUUCAACACGUACACUUUGAAGCACAUUGAGAAACUGAGUCAGUUCGCUGAGGAGAAACAAAAACUGACAGAUGAUUUAGAAGAAAUGGAAUUGGAUGACUUAUGAUGAAGAAAAACCCCACUGUGUGAUGGAGUUUGUAGUAUAAUAACUUCAAACUGUGAGUUGAAUUUUAUUAUAUUUCUUCUUGAAAAUCUUAUCAGAAUAUUUUCAAGUCUUUACUUUUACCUCCGAAAUGAUAAAAAUAGAUGCUGUAAUAAUGUGCAUUCGUGCCUUAGUUGAGUCAUAAGGCAGAGAUCACUCUCUGAAAUUUGUGGCAGAUAAUUUUGUCAAUUUUUGACUUAGUGCAGGCUGAAGAUCUCUCAAGUGUUAAUCUCUACCUAAUUGCAUCUGAAAGGUCUGCACUAAGUGUUUCUGAAAUAUUAUUUGCGGCUGUAAAAUGUUGGAACAAACAAUAUUUCAGUAUUCUUAGGAAGAAUUGAAACAAAAUUGAUCAAUGAACAAAAUCAAAAACUUGCCUAGUUCUGAAAAUUUUUGCAAAAGUUGGAAUCGAUUGCCGAUUAAUUUUCAGAGCAAUUUGUUGCCUGCAAACGCCAGUGGAGAAUAGGCCAAUAUGUUCUAUUUGAAGGAUCCACAACUUUUUAGAGCUUAGUGGUCUUCUUAAUUCGAGUUAGAAGCUGCACUUUUAAAUUUUCGAAAAAUGUGAGCAUUCAAAAACAAAUGCUUUGUAAUGCGACUUCUUAAUACAUUGUGUGCCUCAAGUCAGUUCUUCUCAUGCGUUUGAAAGCAAGUCAUGGAACACAUUUCAAACUCAGAAAAUGGAGAAACUCAUCGUCUUGUCAAAUGUAAAUUACUCUCAACCUGGAAAGUGUUUUUUAUUCAUAUUUGUGCAGUAUUGACAGUAUUGAAGACUAAGUAUAUG